AUGGCGGAUGACAACGACCCAGAGUCCAAUGGAGAUCGUGAGGGAGAAGGCAUGGAAAACCUUGAUAUUUCAAACGACGAUGAUUUAAUGAAUGAUGACAACAGUGAUUUGGACAGUUUGGUGAUCGGAGCAGCGCAAGAAUAUGUGGCUUUGGAUUCUACCCUGGAUCAGAUUGAUUCUUUUUUGAACAAGCUGGAGCAGAAGAAUGAUGAUCUCUACCUGAAGGCCCAAGAACUGUUAGAAUCUAGUCGUCAAACUCGUCUUGAGCUGCAGCAAGCCAACGAGAAUGCAGGGCAUAAAGGUGAGGGUUCUCAUGAGAGUGCACAGAAUGUAGGGCAUAAAGGUGAGGGUUCUAAUGAGAGUGCACUGAAUGCAGAGCAUAAAGCUGUGAGUUCUGGGGAGAGUGCACUGAAUGCAGAGCAUAAAGCUGGGAGUUCUGAGGAGAGUGCACUGAAUGCAGGGCAUAAAGCUGGGAGUUCUAAGCAGAGGGCACAGAAUGCAGUGCAUAAUGGUGGAGGUACAUAGCCUUCCAACAGUUAACACUGACUAACUGGCCAUGAGGACUACAUUCCAGGAGAGCUUAACAAAGUGGACAUAUAACUAAAGUACAAUAUGUGUGUUAGUGCUGCAGAAACUAGAUCUAUCCAAAGACACCAUGUUUUUUUGCUGCGUGUACAUGUAAAUAUAGGUUUAGAAGUCCUUGAUAUAUUAAUAUAUAUAUAUUCAAGAAGCUGAAACCCUCUGACAGCAUUUACAGGGUUGGUCAGAAAUACACCAGUAUACUCAGGUGAAAUCUGCAGUAUAAUAUCAGGUUAACUAAAAUGAAUCCCAUGCCUCGUAAACAGUAAACAUCCCUACAGAUAUGAUGACAUACUGGACAUGUUGGAUCCAGUGUUACUAAACAGCUGAAGUACAUGUAAACAUAAAAUACUAAUAGUUUGUUGUUGCAGAAGUAUUAGAAUGAAGGUUGCUUUUAAUAGUAUCCGAUAUGUAUUGUUUUAUUUAUUUAUAAUUUUUGGGUGAUUCCAGGUGUUGUACAGGGAUCCUAUGGGCUUAAUUACAUAUACAUGUUGCACAGAACUGCUGUCAGCUUCUGAAUUCUUAAUGUUUUAUCUUCUGUUACCUUACACGUAUGAGGGAGAAUUUAGAUCUACUUCACCAUUGGUUGGACUUGGAAAUUUAUUGUAUUAUUUUUGGGAGUUAAGUUAAUUAUUCUUUACAGAUAUGGAGGAAGUGCAAUUUUGUAAACUAUGUAUAUACAUAUUUGUCAUUAAUGUAUAUACAUGUAUUAUUAAUGGGUAUUGUGGCACAGAAGUACACAUGGUUUGUUUACCAGACUUACAGACUUAUUCUAGGUGCAUACUGCAAUUUUAAUCAUAUUUAAUUCACUGGCAAGAAAUAAUGAAUCAAACUUAGCAAUUGGCAUUUCAUGGCUGUUUGUUUCAAGAUUUGCUUUCCCUUUUAUACUUUACACACAAUCAAAUAAAUAUGUUCAUUUCCAUCAAAUUUUACUGGAUAUGUUACUUGAUCAAUGUGAUGAAUUUGUCAGUGGUGAACAUGUAAUAAAAUGCGAUAUGAUAUAAAUAUAUCAUAA